UUUUUUAUUUCGAAAAAAUUAAAUAUUUAUUUAAGCUAUUUAUUAAUGGGAAAAGAACAAUUUAAGGAGGCUGAUACAUCUCGUAAAGUUAUUGGAGUGAAAUUCACGGCAGGAAAUACAGAAUUAAUUAGACAAGCAGCGCAUAUCCAAAUAUUUAAUAACCGACUUUAUGAAGAUGUACAAGGAAAAUGGCUUCCUGCUCAAUAUGGACCUCUUGAUAGUCGACUGGGAACAUUUCAAAAAUCACUUAAUUGCCAAACAUGUAACAAAAAUAUGAAUGAUUGUGUUGGACAUUUUGGAUUUAUUGACCUUGAAUAUCCUGUCUUUCAUGUUGGAUUCUUUCGUUUAAUUAUUCAAACUCUUCAAUGUAUUUGUAAAGGUUGCAGUCAAACUCUUUUACAAGAAGAACAAAAAUCUUUACUUUUACGACAGGCAUCUAAUCCAAAUCUUGAUUAUUUACGCAAAAAGGCAUUGCAGAAGAAGAUUGUUACUUUGAGCAAAAAAAUUAGUAUGUGCACAAAAUGCGGAUUUUUAAAUGGUGUCGUCAAAAAAGCUGUCGGUUCUGUUUUAAAAAUUGCACACCAUGAACCACUUUCUGCUGAAAUAUUGGCAGCCGUUGAAGACAGAAAUGAGCUACAACAAUUACUUUCUAGUUCAAAACAAAAUUUACUUGAUCCCUUAAAAGUUAUGGAAAUUUUUAAAAGAAUUGAUUUAAAAGAUUUACCAUUAUUAAUGAUUGGGGCAGAUGAAUGUAAACAUCCAUUACAUUUUUUGAAUCAAAGAAUUCCUGUUCCACCUGUGUGUAUUCGACCGUCGGUUGUUUCUGAAUUAAAAUCUGGAUCUAAUGAAGAUGACAUUACAAUGAAAUUGACUGAAAUUAUGUUAAUUAACGACAUUCUCAAGAAGCAUAAAAAAGAUGGAGCGCCAAUGAAAACAAUUUGUGAAACAUGGGAUCAUUUACAGGUUCAAUGUGCUCUUUAUAUAAAUUCUGAAAUGAGUGGACUUCCUCCAGAAAUGCAACCAAAAAAGUUUUUACGCUCAUUUGCUCAACGUUUAAAAGGGAAACAUGGUCGUUUUCGUGGUAAUUUGUCUGGUAAACGAGUGGAUUUCACUGCAAGAACUGUUAUUUCACCAGAUCCGAACCUAAAGAUUGAUCAAGUUGGAGUUCCCUUACAAGUUGCAAUGACUCUUACAUUUCCUGAGGUUGUAUGUCGUUCAAAUAUUGAAAGAUUACGAAAGGCUGUAAUUAAUGGGGAAUUAGUUCACCCUGGUGCUAAUCAGAUAAUUGAUUGUAAAACUGGAAAUAAACGCUCUUUAAGGUUAACUUUUAUCAAAUUAAAUAAGAUGUUCUUCUUUAGAUAUGGAAAUCGUGCUAUUACUGCAAAAAAUUUACAAAUUGGUGAUAUUGUUGAGCGUCAUUUGUCAGAUGGAGAUGUUGUUCUUUUCAACAGACAACCUUCUUUACAUAAAAUUAGUAUAAUGUCUCAUCGUGUUAAAAUUUUAUCACAGCUGGUCAUUUACUUACAAAAAAAGGAUACAUUUUUAACGCAUAGUGAAGUUCAACGAAUUUCUGCUACACUUCUCGACAUUACAGAAAUAAAUCAAAGAAAGAUAAGAUUGCCACCACCUGCUAUAAUUUGGCCAAUUAAAUUAUGGACUGGAAAGCAAUUAAUCGAGUUGGUAAUUGCACCUUUCGUUGAUUCAAAUGUUCGAUUAAAUUUGUCAACUAAAAAUAAAAUUCAUAAUCCAGAUGAUGGAGAAUUUACUCAUAAAGAUACCUUUGUUAUUAUUCGAAAUAAUCAACUACUUUGCGGUUCACUUGACAAAACUCUUUUGGGGUCUGAAAGCAAAACAUCUAUUUUCUAUACCCUCCUUCGUGAUUGGGGCGAACAGCAUGCAAUUGAUGCUAUGUGGAGGUUAGCUCGCUUUUCUGGCGUUUACCUAUCAAAUCGUGGAUUUUCUAUCGGCAUUGGUGAUGUUAGGCCAAACCAACAACUUUUGGACGAAAAACGCAUACUUCUCGAGAAUGGAUACAAAACUUGUGAUCAAUUAAAUAAAACAAUGAAAAUGGAAAAACAGAAAACAAAACCAGAUUUUGGCUUGGUGGAAGAAUUGGAAGCAAAAAUUUUGAAAGAACUUUCUAAUAUUCGUGAUCAAGCAGGAAAGGCAUGUCGUGAAUUUUUGAGUAAAAACAAUACUCCACUCACUAUGGCACAAUGUGGAUCUAAAGGCUCAUUUAUUAAUAUUGCCCAAAUGAUUGCACUUAAUCGCUCAUUACCUCAUUUUGAACAAAAUGAUCGAUCUCCAGAUGCUAAGGGUUUCGUAGAAAAUUCUUUCUAUUCUGGACUUACUCCAACAGAAUUUAUUUUUCACACAAUGGGUGGUCGUGAAGGUUUGGUAGACACAGCAGUAAAGACUGCAGAAACUGGUUAUAUGCAGCGGAGAUUAGUCAAAUGUUUGGAGGUUCAUAAUUUUUCUUUUAAACUUUUUAUCAUAUAA